AUGCCUCGCCAAGCCACCCCGCGUCUGGUGGUGGGGGAAGGUAGAGGGUCCCAGGGGGCUCUGGGGGGCGCCGCCACCAUGCUCCGCUCCCUGCUGCUUCACUCUCUGAGGCUCUGCGCCCAGACCGCCUCGUGCCUCGUGCUCUUCCCGCGCUUCCUCGGCACGGCCUUCAUGCUCUGGCUGCUCGACUUCCUGUGCAUCCGCAAGCAUUUACUGGGCCGCCGACGCCGGGGUCAGCCCCAAAGUGAAGUGGAGCUCAACAGCGAUGGCGAGGAGAUGCCCCCCGACGACCCGCCUAUCUGCGUGUCCGACGACAACCGCCUGUGCACCCUGGCGUCGCUGAGGGCAGUGUGGCACGGCCAGAAGUUGGAUUUCUUCAAGCAGGCGCACGAAGGCGGUCCGGCGCCCAACUCCGAGGUGGUCCUGCCCGACGGCUUCCAGAACCAGCACAUCCUCGACUAUGCCCGAGGAAACCGCCCGCUGGUGCUCAAUUUCGGCAGCUGCACCUGACCACCGUUCAUGGCGCGUAUGAGCGCCUUCCAGCGCCUGGUCACCAAGUAUCAGCGCGACGUCGACUUCCUCAUCAUCUACAUCGAGGAAGCGCACCCCUCGGACGGCUGGGUCACCACGGACUCUCCCUACAGCAUCCCGCAGCACCGCAGCCUGGAGGACCGGGUCAGCGCAGCGCGGGUACUGCAGCAAGGUGCUCCCGAGUGCUCUCUGGUCCUCGACACCAUGGCCAACUCUAGCAGCUCCGCCUAUGGCGCCUACUUCGAGCGCCUCUAUGUCAUCCAGAGUGGCACCAUUAUGUACCAGGGCGGCCGUGGCCCCGAUGGCUACCAGGUCUCCGAGCUGCGCACCUGGCUGGAGUGCUACGAGGAGCAGCUGCAUGGCCCUCAGCCCCGUCGAGUGUAAACAACCAAUGGACAAUUGACUGAACUUGGCGGGCCAUGCCUUCGAGCCUUCGAAGCCCAAGUGCAAACACACCCAAACAAAGGCAGGCUUGGCGAGGGCCCAGUGACACAGCUGUGCUGAGCCAUGGAUCUAAGGCUGAGUCUGCCCUCUCAGCCAAGCCACCUGAAGACUCUCCUCCGCCCCCGCCCCCGCCCCCCCCCCCCCCCCCGGCCCCGGGCUCUGCCUUUGUGACUGCCCUUGCCUGUACUUGCCUGGCUCGCUCUAAAUCCCCUUCUGAGUGCGGAGGCAACGCCACCCUUGCCUGUGUGCCCCUGGACUUGUCCUCGCAGAGGCCCCUGCCACGCGACCUCACACUCCCUCCCCAGAAGAGAAUAGCCAGCGUGCCUUUGGCCCCGCGCGAAGAGACUGGCUGUGCCCGCGCGCCCUGAGCGCAGCUGGGUUCCAGCAGCGCGAGCCGCUCGCCUUAGUUGCCUGGCACCCACACCUGUCGCGCACGGGGAAGGGAUGCCCUGCUGCUUUUGUGUCUAUUUCUUGUCCCUGAGUUGGGGGAGGAGGUUUGGGGUGGGGAAGGGUAGGCAGGGUUAUUUCCCCCCUUUAUUUUGGGUGCUCACGAGCCCCGCUGCUGAUGACGAACUGUCUCUAACUGGUCUUGACCACGAGCUGGUUCUGAAUUGCAGGAGGCUUGCAGUAGCGCCUAAAACGAGAGGGGAAAGUGCUCUGGGUUUCCAUGUGGAAACCGCGUCAACGGGGUGGGAGAGGGAGAUUGGGGAACUGCUUCGGGACAGAGGAAAACGGCUUGGGAGGCAUUGGCGAGGUUUGCAGCGUCCCAGGGAGAAGGAAGGGGCUGGGGCUCCUGGCACACGGGGUUUG